AGACGAACAGGCGUCUUCUCCAAUGAGCGGGGAGAGAGAAGGGGGUGGUGGUCCUUACUAACCACCCGGACACGAGCUCAAAGGGGUGCAAAUCGGCGUCGUAGGAAGACGGGAGCCAAGUUUGAAUCUUUGGCGGGAGGCUGUGAUGUCCAUACGGAAAAAACUGCGGCUUUUGUUUGAGGAGCCCCAGGUGGGCGGCACAAUCACGGUAGAGCGGGCAGAACCCGGGACGCGGUCCGGUUGCCAAGCCCAACGAAGCUCAACGAAGCGGGAGAGCCCCGGAGAGCGAGUCCUGGGCGCUCGGCGACUCAGGCUAGAGGACUGCGUGAUCUAUCAGUGCCGGCGCUGCCGGGUCGUAUUAGGAGACUCGCUCCACUUGUGCGCGCACGAGGAGAAACUCCGCCUUUUUGUUUGUUUCAGUGAGUUGAUCGGGUGUUUUGCCACGCAGAAUGAACAUACUAAAGUCGAAGUCCCAGGAGAGGUCACAAAAGAUGUUGUUGUGGAAGACAACUUGAUAGUCUGUGUUGAAGGAGACCUCAUUGGUUGCACCUACAACACAUUGCAUUGUCAGUCCUGUCAACUAGACAUUGGCUUUAUCCUCUAUAGUUCAAAGUCACUGGCUUACCUGCGAAGCCUCUUUUGCCUUUUUAAGGACAAGAUCACAUGUUACUUGCUACAAACUACCGCUACAGUAGAAGCUUCAGAAGUAAUCUGUCCUGUUGUGACCAUAAAGGAACAUGUAGAAAAAUUAAAACGAAGUCUUGUACAAGUUCAUAUGCGCAUGGAAUUGCUAAUUAAGAAACUAGAAGAAUUCAAUCAACAGAGGAUUAUAUAUGAGAAGGAAGACUCCUUCUGUAAAGGAAGACCAUAUGGAUACACAAAUAGAAAGCUGAACAGUUAACUUUUUAGAGUUGCCUACCUCAACUAAUUGUUUUAUAAUAAUUUGUGUUUGUAACUGAAAAUGUAAAUUAAUAUGGCUUUAGACUGACAAAUAGGUGAUAAAAAAUCCUUUCCUAGCACGCUCAAGGGCAUAUAAUGUUUGAGCCUGAACAGCUAUCCCAAAUCAUUUAACUCCUACAUGCAAAUAUUUCUAUAUACUCUAACAAAAGCCUUUAAACAUUGCAUAACUGCUCUAAGAUUGCAUUGUGAAUAUAUUGGAAACUAGAUAGUCUAGCUGAAAGAAAUAAACAUUUACUUUGUGCAUUCCUUUAGAGGUUAUCUUGGUUUUGUUUACAUUUGAGAAAAAUAUGUUCUCAGGACUCAGCUAUAAAUUGUGUUCAGUAACAAUAAAAUUGGUCAGAAGAUGAAAUAUUUUAAAUACUAGAUUAACAUUUUACCAGAAACAUUUUAAAUUAUUGCCAAACUACCAAAAGUAACAAUGUUUUGAGGAAAUAACACUUUUUAAUUAUGGGGAAACCAUUAUGAAAUCGCUAAUGUGCAUUGUAAUGUGUUUGUUAUGUUUUCCCUUUGUCAGAAGGCUUACAGGCAGAACACUCUUUCCCAGGUUAUUGUACUUUCCAGAUUGAAAUAUAGACGGCAGUGGAUGUAGUAUUUUUUUUCCAGCAAGUAUGCAUAGGAUUUAUAUCCAUAAAAUAUAAAAAAAUGUUUUUUUAGUCAAACUGAUCAGAAUCAAUUUAGUCAGUAGAAACAAAUGCUUAUAGUUUUUCUGCAGAACACCCUGAGGUAAUUACUUCUUGCUGCCUAGUUUGGAAGUAGAAACUGAACAAGUUUCACUUUCCAAUGAACAAGAAUAUAGGAGCUCUGAUUAAUUGUAAUGAUUACAUGCAAGAAUUCCAACAAGUACUUUACAUAAGUAUUUUUAGAUAUCCAAUUUUUGGCAACAAACUCUUGGCCAUUUCUUUCGUGAACAUCCAGAAGCUUGUCUCUUGUGAACAGCAAGCACUCUGUACUGUUCAUGCUUUUGAUAUUCAUCAGUCUUUACUUCAGGUUAGUAUACACACUAGGAAUAACAUUUCUGUACUUGUUCAGA